GUGGGUGGAAGUGCAGUUAGGAACACAACGCUGGAUAUUUAUGACAGUGUACCUCCCCUCUGAGCCUGCAGCCAGGGAGGCGUUUCUGGAGGAACUUCCUCAUCUAGUUCCGCAGGCCACUCAUGUAGUCCUAGCGGGGGACUUUAAUCUUGUCCUCCAGCCAGGACUGGACUCCCCAAUGGCAGCUCCGCCGAAGACAGAUGCGCAGACGUUGCAGCUCUUCAUGGAGGAUAACGAGUUUAUCGAUGCUUAUAGGCACACUCACCUACAGCAGCACGGAUACACCUGGUUUUCGUCACAAAGAACAGGCGACACCCCACCUCCCAAGAGGCGGUUGGACCUGAUCCUAAACAAAGGAGCUGCCUGGGAGACAUUAACGACAGCGGACGUAGUCAUAGCUCCUGGCUCAGACCACCGGCCUGUGAUAGCGGACUUUCUUCUGGAUGGUGCGCUGCAGCGGGGCCCGGGCAUCUUCAGGCUAAACACCGACCACCUCGAAGUACCAGAAGUCAUCCAGUGGGUAGCCACCCACUGGCGUGACUGGCACUGCAUGAGGGACUGGUUCACCUCCGAGGCGGAAUGGACAGCAGUGGGGUUCAGGGUUGUCACUCGAGCGUUAGACAACUUCUCAAGAAUUCAAACCCGCGGAAGAAGGCAGCAGGAAGAGGAGUGCCUAGCCAAGGUCAAAGAGGCAGAGGAAAUGUUGGAGACAGAACCUCUUACAGAGUUGUAUUGGCAGCACAAACGGGACUGUUGGCUGCAAAAAUGGGAAGAUUUGCAGAUUGAGCAGCAAGUCAUGUGGGCGAACAGAGCUAAGGAAAAAGGGAUGAUAGUCUCUGACCGCAUGACCAAGGAGACUUUUCAGACGAUCAGUCCACAUCGCUCCCACUCUACCAUAAGGGAACUGAAGCAUCCCUUUCACGAGGAGGCAGACACUGCCACGGACUCCAAGGGGAUCGGGGACUUUGCCCGACAGUACUUCCAAGACAUCCUGACUUCUCGAAGACCUCCGGGCCAAUCGUUGCACCAGCUUCAAGAUGAACACAAUAUGUGGCAGGAUACCACAGCCAAGCUUUCCCACGACGCCAGUUACCUGCUCGAGAAACCAAUCACGGAACUUGAGUUGUGGCAUGCAGUAAAAGCCAUGACCAAGGGGAAUAGUCCCGACUCGGACGGGCUACCAAUAAAAUUCUACAUCGCCACCUGGGAUCACGUGGGCCCGAUCCUACUCAACCUCUACAAUGGGAUCUUGGAUGGAGGCACGCUGACGAACGACAUGAAAUACGGUGUCAUAACGCUCCUUUACAAGAAGGGUGAUAAGCGCAAUUUACGAAACUGGCGGCCUAUCAGUCGCCUCAACGCAUCGUACAAGAUAUUGGCCCAAGUGCUUGCAAGUAGGCUAGCCCCCCACUUGCCAGGCCUCGUACAUACCAAUCAAGGAGCUUUCGUGCAGGGGCGCUCAAUUUUCGAAAAUGUGUUGAUGGCAAUGGGAGCUUUUGAAAUCAUUCAGCGAGAGGACCGUCAAGUCAUGCUUGCUAUGCUCGACCUCGAAAAGGUGUGCGACCGAGUAAACUGGUCGUUCGUCCUUGCCACUCUGCAACAUAUGAAUUUCAGUCCCAAGUUUCGUCAGUGGGUGAAGGAGCUGUACACAGAUUCCACUGCAGCAGUUAUAAAACUCAAAACCUGGCCCUGCUCGGCAAGUGGUUCUGCAAGGCAGCUUCUCAAUCCGACUCCAGAAUCUUUCAUGGAAUCUUUCUUACGAAGACGUCCCUCCUCACCUCUAGCGAAUGCUUGUUGGACCGCCUGGAAGGCCCUUCAACGAAUGCAGGUGAAGCAACCCGUCACCCAGGAAGAAGUUCUGCAGCAGAUACUGUUCGAUAACGCUCUUAUCCUUGACUCUUGUGGGCAUGCUUUCAAGGCAACGCGAUCCCCUCAUACCUUUGGAAGGGCAUGGACAGAGCGGGGCAUCGUCCGCAUUGCAGAUGUCUGGGAUGAAAGCGCGGAUGAUUGGAUAACUGAGGAGCUAUUGAAAACAAGACUGAGACACCUGCCCCAUGUCCCCCAGCGAAGACAACAGAUCAUUGAUGCCAUUCCAUCACAUUGGGUAGCUCUGCUGCGCAGCAAAGACCCAGUUCCUGGGCAAUGGUACAUCACUACUCAAGACGGAGGCAACGAAGAACAGAUAGUCAAUAUCUCACAGGAUCUGGGGGAUGGGCUCUGGCUAGCUCAGCAAUGGAGCAAGGAAGUUUUCCCAGGCAAGCCCGUAAGUAUAGUCAACCCUGUUGAGAUCUGCAUUGAUGGCCAGCGGCCUCGACAUCUCAUCCGCGUCUAUGAUCCAGUGCAGCCUGUUCAGACCUCUCGAGCGGCUCCCCCUUUACUGUUAUUGGAGGGCAAACCUCUACGGUGUCUCAAGAUGGAUCCGCUGGGACACAGCUGGAUCCUACCAGGAGGCCAACAGGUCUUCCCAUUCCAAUAUUCGCUGAGGUGGGGUAGGCGUAUCAUCUCCGAAGCAGCAGACUCAUCUACCAACGCAGCCAGAAACCUCAACAGGUUAUCUCAAGCUCAGCCCCCACUGGAACCACGUCAUAUGUCACUUUUGUGGGACCAGCUGAAAGCGCUGCCAUCUUAGAAGCUAGCAGCUCUAUUAUGGCUCCUGUCCCAUUCAGCUAUUCCAUG